GAAAGUGACAGUUUGUGGUGGGACGCUUUCGCUACCGAGUUUUUUGAGGAGGACGCUACUCUUACUCUCUCCUUCUGCCUCGAAGAUGGACCAAAGAGAUAUACGAUCGGCCGGACGUUGAUACCCCGUUAUUUCAGCACGGUGUUCGAGGGCGGCGUCACCGAGCUCCACUACAUCCUCAAGCACUCCAAGGAGUCCUUCCACAACUCCUGCAUCACCCUGGACUGCGAUCAGUGCACCAUGGUCACCCAGCACGGGAAGCCCAUGUUUACAAAGGUUUGUACAGAGGGUCGUUUGAUACUGGAGUUUGCCUUCGACGACCUGAUGAGGAUCAAGACGUGGCACUUUACCAUCCGGCAGUACAGAGAGCUCAUCCCACGCAGCAUCCUCGCCAUGCACGCACAAGACCCUCAGGUGCUGGAACAACUGUCCAAAAACAUCACACGCAUGGGUUUGACCAACUUCACCCUCAACUACCUCAGGCUGUGCGUCAUCCUGGAGCCCAUGCAGGAGCUCAUGUCAAGGCACAAGACCUACAACCUCAGCCCCCGGGACUGUCUCAAGACAUGCCUAUUCCAGAAAUGGCAGAGAAUGGUGGCCCCACCAGCUGGACACCCGCAGAACUUCAAAACGGAAAUAUUUCCCACAAAUCACAAAAAAGCUGGUCGCGCCAAAGCUGAGCCUGCCCGACAGACGACCACCAAGAGGAGGAAACGGAAGAACUCCAACAGCAGCGCCAACAGCAGCGUGGGCACCGCCGCCGGCAAGAAGCGCAGUCCCGCCACCAACUUCAGCCUCUCCAGUCAGGUACCUGACGUGAUGGUCGUCGGCGAGCCCACGUUGAUGGGCGGCGAGUUCGGGGACGAGGACGAGCGUCUGAUCACCCGCCUGGAGAACACGCAGUACGACGCCACCAACGGCCUGGACGACGAGGACGACUUCAACAGCUCCCCGGCUCUGGGAAACAACGCCCCCUGGAGCAGCAAGCCUCCCGCCGCCCAGGACAGCAAGCCCGAGAGCACGGCGCCACAACCCUCACAAUAAACAACACAAACAGCAGAUAAAGGAACAGGAGAUCCUCUGAUCCACGUGGAAUAGACAUUCAACCCUCUCCCCCCGGAGGGCAGUUCUUCUACGCCACUUAUUGUGCUGAAUCAGAAUCAACGUCUGCAAAUCUACGUUGGCGUGUCGAGCCAAAACAUCUUCGUCUGGGAUUUUUUUUUUCUGCUCUGAAUCAUUGUCACAUCUGAGAACUUGCUGAACUGCUCAUAAAAAUCCACAAAGAACAAAUGCAUACGAGUUGUAUGUGACUGAAAUGUAAAAAUAGUAAAGCAGGCGUGGCAAUUUUUUUAUUAUUAUUAUUUUUUAAUUCUCUUCUUUCAAUGAACGCAGUGGGAAAACUGCAGAUCAAAUUCUCCUUCUUUGGACCCUCAGAUACAAACCUUUUGUCUGGUGGAAUACCUCAGCUGUGAUUGGUUGACCUGCAGGUCACAAGUCAUCACGCUGAUCGUGAACAGUGGGGAAGGAAAAAAGAGAAAGCGUAAAAACAACAAACAAAAUGUCUGAAAUGGAAAGCUCAUGAAGGGAAUUCAGAGCCCGUGGAAGGAUCCCACCACGUUGGACACAAAUGAAACGUUGGAGGMAAUUGCAUUUUUAUUGGAAAUCCAGUCGGCCGUUGGUUUGUUUCUACUGUCGCUUUAGUUUCAUUUCCAAUUAAGUGGAAAUAAAAGUUCACUAACCACUAUGGAUGCUUUUUUUUUUUUUCAGAAUGAGGGGAGGUCUUGUCCUGGAGAUUAUUUUUUUUUCUUUUCACAUUACGGCAGUCCUCACAGAUUAUAAUUUCAUUCGAAUCAGUUUAAUUGUGUUUAUAGUCUCUUGGUAUUUUUGCUUCUUUCAGAACCCUUUGCAGUCACAUUGUAAUUUUGCCGACCAGUAUGUGAACUUGGUCAACAUACGUUUUCACUUCAUUGUUUCAAUUUGUUUGUUUUUCUUCUUCUUCCUGGACAAYUGGACUUCUUUCCCUUUAAUGACCUACUCCCAAACUGAAACUAAAGCCUUUUUCCUGCAUGAUUUUCUAUGAAUUUCAUUUGGUUUGAUAUGUGUGCUUU